AUGGAUCAUUAUGCACUUUUAACCUUUAAAAUAAAAAAGGAAACCAAUUUUUCUUCCAUUUUUUGCAAAUUCUCUGCAUUUUUCGCACAUCUUGAGUUAGGUAGUUUAAGCGAUACCGAGUAUGUCAUUAGUGAUGAGUCUAUUGAUUUGGAUUGGACAACUAUCUUACCACAUGAAAAUGAUGUUGAUAAGGCUAGGAAUUCUGAUGAUGAUGAUUUUUAUGUGUUGCUUACACCUCCUGAUUCCGGCUCCGAUUCCGGAAGAUGGGUAUACUCCAAGAAAGCUAUUAGGAUAAAGAAUGUUACUUCAAAACCUAAGGAAGGGAACACUUCUCAACAAGCUAUCGAAGUUAGUGAUGAUGCAACUCCAACAAUACCAACAACAACAAUAACUACUACAACAACAACACCGGCUGCAGCAGAACUCUCCAUUCCAAAGACUAGCAAACUUCCACCAACAACUCCCAAGAAACGGAAACAAGGCCCUACUUACAAGGACCCAAAAACUGGUGAAAACUCUCCAACAGCUUCUAAGAAGAAGAAGAAGAAAGAAAGCUCCAAAGGCGAUGAGCCUACUAACGUUCUUGGGCUUGAUCCCAAAGACGUUGCUCCCUCAACAACAUCCAAAAUUCCACCUUCGACCUCCAAUGUAACGUUGGAACAUAUUGACAUCAACAUUCCUUCCGAUAACCCACAGGACACUUCGAAUGCAAACCCCACUGCUUCAAAUCCUCCAACCGGGAUUCAUGCUCCAAUCACUUCCUCUAUUCAUAGGGACUCCAACAAUUAUGUGCAAAACAAAGGAUCCUCCAACAUGGCGGUCCUGACUGGAACUUCAGAGGCACAUGAUGACCAAGGCACCUCGCCUCCUUUGAAGGAAGCAAACGAAGGGUCAUCCCACAAGUCCAAAGAAAAUCCACCAGAAACUUCCCUUCUGAAAUCUCCUCUUGAAACCCUUCAAGAGACUCCAACAAUCACUGAAGCUAAAAAGGACAAGACUGAUUCUUCUCAAGAGAGUGAAGAAACUGCAGAAGAAAGUUCUGGUGGAGACGAAACCCAAAGUGGUUCAGCUGGUGGAACGAAAUCUGAUGCUAUUAGCAGCGAGACCAAUACCGUCGAUGUGGUAGAUCCGUGUGACGAAGGAGAAAGCGAGGAGCAAGGCAAGGAUGAAGAUGAUGGGGGCACUUCAGUAAUACGCCUUUCUGGGUCUUCUUGA